AUUUGAUAUGUUUUUUUUUGUUUGUUUUUUGAAGAAAGUGCUAGUUUGAUACGUUAGGACAAACCCGGCGUCCGCCUGUAUAAAAAUGCCGGCUGUAGUGGGCUGCUUUUCCGCUUGCUGUGCUUCUGCCGGCCGUCAUGGCGUCGGCAGACAUUAAAAAAGUGCUGGAGCUGAAACUUCAGCUGAAAGAGAGCACCGAAGGACACACGCUUGUGAAGACCUUGAAGAAGCUUCAAGAACUGGACAUAACCCUAGAAAUUCUUGCUGAGACUGGAAUUGGUAAAGUGGUAAACUCCUUUCGUAAACAUGAUGAUGCGGGGGAAGUGGCCAAAACAUUAGUGCAUCGAUGGAAAAAACUGGUUCCGAAUCCAAGUAUUACCCGGCAUCAUCCUCUGUCGCCAAAGGAACCAUCUAAGACUGAAAUUCAACAAACAGACCAAGAAGAAAAGAGUCAGGCUUCACAGAAUACAGUCUGUCCUGAAAGGAAGCCUAAGAAUGAAAACUCAGGCUCAGAACACAAACUUUCAAAGAAUGUUGAUGGUAAAAGUAAAGUGAAACCAAUUGCAGGCAAACUGAAAGAUUGCAUAAAUAAUGACAAGAAAGCAGACACAAAGAAAGACUCUGAUGUGGGCCUCAUAUCACAGAUUUCAAUCACAGGUGGAAAAUUAAUCCAGCCAAAGGAGAAAUCAAACAGCAACUCGCAUACAGAGCGAAAAGAUGAAGGCAAGCAUAAAGUUUCUGAUGUAACAAAUAAGCAUAGGCCUAAAAUGUCCAUGAAAGGCAAACAUAGCUCUUUGAAGGAAAGUGAAUUGAGUGAAGAAAAAAGGGACAAAAAAGAUGAGAAAAGGAAAGAAAAAGCAGCUGGGAUGGAGAAGGAACUUGAGAGCGAUGACUCUGAAAUGCCCUCCAUGUCUUUUGAGGAAUACUUGAGUUAUGAUCUUGAGGCUCCAAAACGGAAGAAGAGAUCGUGUGAAAGUAAGAACCCGAAGCGCAUUAAGGUUGAGCAAAAACAGGAUGACAAAAUGCACAACUCCAGCACAAAGUCAGGAAAAUCCAUAACAGAAGCCCCAACUGCAGUGCGAUGUGUGAUGGACUUGCUCAAUGUGCCAUUACCCACAAUUUCUCCUGAGUGUGAUGAUCCUUCUCAAUAUCAGUACUUUACAGAAAAGAAAGUUGAAGAAAAGGCUGCCGAGGUUUGUGAAGAAGCCCCAGUGUUUACUGGUCAGAGGCUGAAUAAGAAGAUGCAGGUGUACUCUGGGGCUAAGGUUGUGUAUCUUCCAACCAUGAUGACCUUGUACCAGCAGUGCAUCCGAACACUGCAGAACAACAUUGAUUCACUUUAUGAAAUUGGAGGUGUGCCAUUUGAAAUUUUGGAGCCGGUGCUGGAGCGGUGUACGCCGGAGCAGCUGCUGCGGAUUGAAGAAUGCAAUCCUAUGUACAUAGGUGUGACGGAUCACCUGUGGGAGAGGCACUGCAUUAGGGACUUCAGGAAUGCCCAGCUAGAGGAGUACGAGUCCUGGAGGGAGAUGUAUCUCCGGCUAUUUGAAGAACGAGAACGCAAAUUCCAAGCGCUCACCAAGAGCAUUGUCUCUGCUCAUUCUGGCAAGCCCAAAGGAAGACAGGUGAAGAUGGCGUUUAUUCAUUCAGCUGCCAAGCCGCCUAGAAACGUACGCAUCCAGCAGGAACUCCACGGCACAGCAGGCCCUGGGCUCCCUCAUGCCGUAGACAAGCUCAGUGGAAGAAUUACCGAAAGUAGAGGUAGACCAGGCUUCACUGAGCCUCCUAAGCCUCUUAACACUGGAUCAGGAGCCAGCCAGCCCCAAGACCCACGAAGGAUUAGACGAGUGGCACCAAUGAUGGCCAAGUCUCUGAAAGCCUUUAAGAAGCAGUUUGGACGCAGAUGAAGGAAGAAGGAUUGCGUAUAAAUACUUAUAAACCCAUCUGAACUAUUGUAAGGUACUUUAAUUUUGUCUUGAUUUAAGAGAUUAUGUGCUGCUCUUUUUUUUUUCUUUUUUUUUUUUUUUAAAAAAUACUUCUGAGUAUAUUUUUCUAUAUGAAAGGACAAUUAUGCACUUUCAAUCUGCAUUAAAACACACUACUGAUUGUGCUGAAAUGAAAUGCACUGGCUAAAUAAAUGAAAUCAAAUUAAAUAUU